AUGCCAACAUCUGAUGUUUACACUGAGGCCCCUACGGCUGAUUGGGAUCUGGAGAUUCUAGACGCAGGAAGCGGAGGUAGAGGUCGAAGACAUUCAGAAGAAACACUGAUAGCAAGAUCGAAUAGAACUUCUAGCGGCCUGGGGAGUUCGCCCGACCGUGGAAGAAAACGGUCGUACGGAGCAGGGACCUUUAGCUUUGGUUGUCUGACUGGCUCGGGAUCUAUACCUAGAGGGUACGAUGUCUUACAUUUAGCACGCCAAAAACUCGCCGAUUUCAUUAUUUUUCUCAUCCCAAGUUUCAUUUCCUCGUGGUACGCUGGUACGAUCACCAAGGCCACAAUUUCGCCGACAGCAUGGCUAGAUGGUCUUCGUGGGGUCGCUUGUGUUGCUGUUGUUAUUCACCACUACGCCUAUGGGUUCUCCAAGAACCUAGAAUACCCAUAUGACGGAAAAGGGCAGACUGGCUGGCUUCAGUUGCCCAUCAUCAAGCUCAUUCAUCACGGACCGCCAAUGGUCAAGAUAUUUUAUAUUAUUUCGGGAUUCGCUUUAACCGUAAAAGCCGUUCGGAUCACUAGAGUCCCAAGGAAAAACACACUCGACAGCCCAGCGCUCCUACACAAUCUUUCAUCGUCAAUAUGGAAGCGCUUCUUGCGAUUGUUUAUCCCAUGUGCCGGUGGUUAUCUUCUAUGUUGGUUGAUGGUAUCCGCAGGGUUGUUUGAGAUUUACCCCGCGGACACUCAUCCCACAUGGAUCACAGGAACUAUUGAAAGACGGCCUCCUAUGAAGGGUAGUCUAUGGGGUCAACUAGUAUAUACCUUCUGGGAUUUUUAUGCAUUUGCUUUUAAGGUUACUUUCCUCGGUGCUAGCGAUGAAAGUUACAAUACCGAUGUUCACCUCUGGACUAUUCCCAUUGAAUUCCGAUGUUCACUUCAACUUUUUAUCAUUGUAGUGGGUGGCUGCACGCUACAACGAUGGCUACGUGUUUUCUGUCUCCCGAUCCUAUGCGCCUAUACACUUUAUAACAAUGCAUGGGGACUGUCGCUUUUUGCAUUCGGCUACUUCCUCGGUGAACUACAUAGCGACAGGGUCAUCGCCGUCUCUUCUCCUAUUCCUGCCUCUACAAAGGAGAUACCGGAACGCUUCCUGCGGCUUAAGGGCAUUCUUCGAACGUCUCUACUUACGUUUAUGGUUACGGCGGGUCUAUACCUCGCCAGUUAUCCACGUAAGAUGGAAGCCGGUCAAAAAUCGACUUCGACGGGGUACCAAUUCCUUUUCCCUUGGACGCCGUCUAAAUACCCGAUAGGCGGUGUGAACGCCCGCUACGAUAAAUCCCACGACUUUUGGCAGAGUAUUGGGGCCAUAUUGAUUUCUUGGGCAUUGUUGUAUAUGCCCCGUGCUCAGAGGUUGAUACUGUCUAACCGUCCCGUGCAAUAUUUUGGGAAGAUCUCGUUUGCUCUAUAUGUUAUGCAUGGGCACGUUCACCGGUCUCUCGGGUAUUGGAUCGUAUUGACGGGAUCCAGAUUGACGGGGAUAGUUCGGUGGAAUGAUAAGUCUGGGCAGUGGGAUUUGAUAUCUGGACACGAUCAAACCCACUCUAUGAUCGUGGUUAUUGGGUUUUUCUUUAUUACUUUUCCGGUGACGGUCUGGUGGGCGGAUGUUUUCUGGAGAGGAGUGGAUAUGCAGAGUGUGCGAUUUCUACGGUGGUUAGAGUCGAAGAUCACGAUUGAGAAGUAA